CGGACGUAUACAAAAGUGAGGCGAAAUCUUUAUAUAAAAUUUUAAUAGAAAAUCCAACAAAAAGGAAUAAUUAUAUAUUAUAGAAUAUAGAAGUGAUGAAAGAAAAAAUUAAAAAUCAUCAAGCAGCCAAAAUGUUAAGAAAAUAUUGUUGAAUAAAAAAUUAAAGAAAAAUAUUUGAGUUGAAAUUUAAAGCAAAAAAUUAAAUUUAAAAAUGUUAAAAAAAAAUUUGUUAAAUAAGUAAUGUGCGCACUGCCACGUUAGAAGCCUGCCACAACAACAAACAGUUUGUGGAAAUAUGCUACAAUAAUAAUAUUGUUGUUUUUGUUGUCGUUUUUUUAUUAUUAUUGGUGUGGCUCGUUAUUGUCGUUGUUUCCCAGAGUUUGAAAUAAGAGACCUCCGGAUAUAAAAGUGUAUAUCGGUAUUUGAGUACGUAAAUAUAUAAACACAUACAUAUAUGUAUGUAAGUACACACAUACAUAAGUAUGUAUGUAUGUCAUUCUUCGUCUGUGAACGUUCGUUUUGAAAGCAUAAGUGUAUCUAUGUGUAAAACAAUACAAAUUGUAUAGAACUAAAAAAAUAUAUAUAUAAUAAAACACAAAAAAUUUAAUUAAAUGCAAAUGACUUUAUUCCACCUGAAUAAUGAUUAAUUAAUAAUAAUUGAAUUUUGCAUUAUUUAAUUUUAAAAAAAUGUAACAAAAACAAACGGGAAAUUUUAUCACAAUUUAAAAUGUUUAAAACUGCUUCAAAUUCGCUCAAGUAUGUAAAGCAUCAAAAUGUGGUUUAAGUUUAAAAAUGUUGCCACACUCAUAAUUGAAACGUUUCAUUUAUUGCUAAUAACAAUUCUACUCGGUAAUCCAUUCAAUGUUAAACAAAUUGACGACAUUGUUGUGAUGGCUUCCACAGCAAAAACGACUCUUGCAACAAUAAUGGCAAAUAGUGCUACUACAGCUGCCAACAAACAGCAACCAUCAACACCCUCAAUACUGACAGCUGCAGCAUCAUCAUUAUCAGCAGCAACCUCCCUGGCAGCAACAACAGCAGUACCAUCACCAUCAUCAUUGCUAUCAUCAUUAUCCGCCUCCUCAUUGUUCUUCUCGGAAGAGAGUGGUGAUGGUGGUGCCACCAACAGCAAACUGUAUGAUUCAACAUUUGCACAAGCAAUUGACAGAAAUGAUUCCAAUGAAAUCGACAUUUUGAAUGAUGACAGUGACAACUAUGAAAGUGGAUUGUUAAGGAAUUACAUUAUGACAAAACAUAUUGCUUUGUCUAGCAAUUUAACACAACUACCAGCAACUGCAACAACAACAAUAGUAACAACAGCAGCAGCAACAACAACGAAAUUAAUAAUGCCCACUAUAAAACCAGCUAAAGCAACAACAACUAAAAUAACAAGUACAACUAGAAAACUAUUAUCCUUGACAACUUUAACGUCUUCAACAUCCACAACAUCAUCAUCAUCCUUGUCAUCUAUGUCGCCCAUAUUAACAGCUAGUGAAGAUGAUGACCCAACGAGGUUGCAUUUAAACAGGACUCAAUUAGAUGUUCUAUCAUCCCUUUCAUUGUUAGCAACAACAUCAUUAAGUGAUACAACAGCGCCCCUAAAAACAACAACAGAAUUAAAAUCAUCCUCAACAUCCUCAUCCACAACCGCUUCCGUUUCCACAUCAAAUUUAACAUUUCCAAAUCAUGCAGCAUCGUCGGCGGCGUCGGCGGCGGCCACUGCCCUCAGGCAUAAAGGAAAUGAACAAAAUAUGCACAAUACCAACAGCCUCUUGACAGUUGACAAUGUUAAUGCCACUAUAGUGUCUGCCAACAGGACGACUACAACGAAACUACAACAACAACAUUAUCAUCAUCAUCAGCAUCAACAUACUAAGGAUACAGCCACAAAAAUGUCAUCACAGAAUACAAGUUCAAUUGCUAAAGGCUUUUCAAGUGUUACCAGCAGUAGUAGUAGUAGUGAUAGUGGGAGUGUUCAUGCCACUAGUAGUAACUCAAGUAUGGGAGAUCCUGUCACUGCCAAUGGAAAUAGUAGCAAAAUUAAUACAGGAACAACUAGAAUUUCAGCGAGAAAAGUUGAUAGCAAAUAUAUUUUGUCCAAAGCACAUAAAACGGAUGCACCCAUGCUUAAUUAUAUAUUUGAUACAUUUUCAUCGGCGAAUAAACAUCAUCACCAUGACCAACGCUAUGGACCACACUUUGAAGAUGUUCAGCUGGUGGGACAACCGACCAAUAUGACAGUACAAGCGGGCAGCAGUAUACAUUUAAAUUGCAGAAUAUCUCUACUUCAAGAUAAGACUGUCUCCUGGGUUCGUCGCAAUUCACAAGGUGAAAAUGCCUUAGAUUUACUAACGGUGGGUUUGCACACCUAUACCGGUGAUAAACGUUACAAAAUGGAAUUUCAAUAUCCCAGUAAUUGGCGUUUAAAAAUCAACAAUGUCAAGAAAGAUGAUGAGGCCACUUAUGAAUGUCAAAUAUCAACACAUCCGCCUCGCGUUAUACAAAUAAAUUUACAUGUCAACGCACCCAAAGUAAUGAUUGUUGAUGAAUUUGGGGAUCCUUUGCAGGAGAAAUAUUAUGAACAAGACUCAACGUUACAGCUAUCCUGUGUUGUACGUAAUGUUGCCAUGUCAUCGUCGGUGGUGUUUUGGAAACAUAGUGAAGAUGUUUUAAAUUAUGAUGUUACUAGGGGUGGUGUCAGUGUGAAAACAGAAUUGAUGGAUGAUGGCGCCAAUUCAACAUUAUUCAUUGCCAAAAUCAAUAAAGCCGAUUCCGGUAACUAUACGUGCUCAAUUAGUGAAUAUCAAAACUAUACAAUCGUUGUACACAUACUCAAUGGUGAAAGUUUUGCCGAAUUACAUCAUGGUGCGGCCUUCGCUUGGCAGCAAUUGAAUCAUCAAACUUGGCUAAUUAAUCUGUUAUUGGCAACGAUAUUACUUUUACUCUUACCCGCCUACAUAUAUAGAUAAAAUUAAAUAUAUCACACAAAAACAACUCUAGACACUUAACAUGGCCAUAAAGUCAAGGAUAUUUCCUCGAAAUAAUUAGCAAAAUAAUUUAUAUACAUAUGCAAACAUAUUUAUUAUAAUUUAUUUGCAAAACAACAAAAGGACAAAAAGAACAUAUAAAUCGUUAGAGAUUUAAUUAUUACGUGCAACUUAUGUGUGUAAGUAUUUAUUAAAAGAAAUAGUUUUGCAAAAAUAUUUGUGUUCAUUUAAAUUUUUCUCUUUAUUUGAAA